CUUAUUAAAUAGAUUUUCGAAUUGUUUGAAACUUACUGCAUUUUUAUAUGGAUUUAGAUUUUAAAACCAUCGUAGGCGAGACUGUUGCCGAGCUUCUAUCGGGUUAUAGAAACUUCACUAAUGUUCUCUCUUCUGAGGUGAUAGAAGUCGCCAGUUCUCGAGUGGUACGAUCGUCUGUCAUCGGCGACGAAGGCUUAAUUAUUGUUCAACUUGAAUUCAAAUGUCGACAAAGUUACGGCGACGAAGAAUCAAAAAUUACUGUUCUUUAUUUUCUGAAAGAAGCCACAAACGUUUGUGUUGGGAAGCUCAAAAUCAAAGAUCAGUUGCCGUGCCCUUUGGCAGAACUGCUUGAUACCUACAUUAUACCCUGGCCAAAUUCCGCCAGGAGGUACGCUUUGCCUUACAGCAACUACGUGAAGUUAAUCCCAGUUUCGACCUUACCAGGUAUAUCAAGUAUACAUCGCCGAGAAGCUGCCUUUGCAAGGAACUUUGAGCAUGAGCUUCGUGAAAGGCUUAUUUUUAUUUGGGGAUCUAAAUUGAGUGAGAAAGACUUGAAUUCUAUCAAACCACCUAUCCAGGUUAAAGAAAAAGCAAAAUGCUCAAAGGGCGCGGAGUUUCAAAAAAUCUUUGUCAGCGAAAUCUGGACAGUAAUGCAAAUGGAGCAUUUUAAUUCUGGCUCUCGAUUGUCAUUUUUGCCAAUGGAGCUGGUUGAAGUAAUUUAUAGACACGUGGAACAAUACUGGAAAUCAAGUAUUGAGACAAGAGGAGUUUUUGCUAGUGUUGUUGCUCAAGUGCCGUUUCCUAAGCCAAAGGGAAUCAACGUGAACAUGAUGCCAAUUGUGUUGGGCGAUCUCGAUUCAAUCCCAAAAGACAUGCGCCAGUAUCUUCCACUUCUAGCAGUGUGUCCUCUAAAUCGAGAAGAGUUUGAUAAGAUUGGAUACCUAACAAUCCACGAGUCAACAGUUAAGGAAGAUGGCAAAUCACAGAGAAGGGAAGGACUGCAUACGGAGACGCCUGGAAAGAUACAGAUACCGUAUGCUUCCGACUGUUCCCUGCCAUCAGACGUAAAAGGUUCCUGGAGAGUUCAGUCAGAUGUUCCCAGUUCAGUCAGAUGGGGCCGUGGAGUGCACGACGGGAACCUGGGAGCUACGUACGAGUACAUAGGAGGUAUCUACAUGGCCUCAAAUGUGGCCGACAGUUGUCGCAUCUGGAACUGCAAGGUGAACCACCCAGAGGAGUUUGUGGGCCAUCUGGGAGACAUAGAGAACAUGCGUAGUUUCCUCGGACAGGGAGAAACUUUGGCUGCAGGCGAAGUGGUGUGGAUCACAGACUGUACUCCUCACGAGUCACUUCCUCUGAAGAAGGGAACGAAGAGACAGUACUUCAGACUGGUGACUAGUGACGUCACUGUGUGGUAUGAGGACCACAGCACGCCGAACCCACUGGGCAUAAAGCCAUCGGAGGGAGUGAAAAUAGUCAGUGGGAACAAGUUUGCUAAGCCUCAUUCAGCAUCAGCUUCACGUUAACCAGCUAAUAAACACUGUCAUCUUAUUUUAUCGACAAAAUUUCAAUCUCUCUUAACAUCAUAAUUGUUCAAAUCAUUUUAUUACUGUAGCUUAGUUAUAAUUCUUGUGUACAAAAUUUUCAAAACAGAAUUUAUGUAUAUAUUUUAA